CAGAUGGCGAAGAAGGUUGUCAAAAGAAAAGCUGAAGCAGUGUCCGCUGACGCAGAAGCCGUUGCAGAAGCUCCGAAGAAAAUCAAGAAGCAGAAACCAAGUCUUCCAGUCUCUGAACCUGAUAAUUAUCAGGCUGGUGGAUUAUCAAGUCUCUUCGGAAAGUCGUCAGAAGGAGCAGCAGUACAAGAGGAAGUUGUGAAGGGAGAUAAAGUAAUUGAAAAACCUAAAAGAAGAAAGUAUGAUCCAAAAAAAAAGGCUGAAGAAGAGAAGGCAGCUGAUGCUGCUGCUGCUGCUGAAGAAGUUGCACCUGAAACAGAAGGAGAAGAGAAAAAAGAUGAAAAUAAGGAAGGAAAGCGAGACAGAACGAAGCAAAGAGAGAAUAGAACUCUUCAAAAGUCAAAUGCACGUGCUUCAGCUGCUGAAAAUGCUCUGACUGUUUUUGUUGGAAAUAUGCCAUUGACAAUGAACGAGAAAUCAGUCCGUCGAAUUUUCUCCGACUUUGGAACUAUUUCCUCUGUCCGUAUGAGAAAUCUGCUUCCUGCGAAUGAGAAAUUGACGAAACGAGUCACUCAUUUGACAGGAAAAUUGAAUGACAAACAGAGUUCUCUCACGUUCUAUGUGAAAUUCGGAGCAGAAGAAUCAGUGGAGAAAGCUCUGAAGUACAAUGGAACCAAGCUGGACGAUCAUGUGAUUCGUGUUGACAAAGUUGGAAGUAAGAAGAAAGAAUUUGGAAAGGAUAUGGCCAUUUUUGUUGGAAACUUGCCGUUCGAGAUUACCGAAGAUGCUCUCAUUACUUUUUUCUCUGCACAAAUCGGACCUGUCGAGGCUGUCAGAAUUGUCAGAGAUAAAGAUACUGGAAAGGGAAAAGGAUUCGCGUUUGUCAAUUUCAAACAAGAUUCUUCUGUGAGUCUUGCAUUGAGCAUGGAGACUAUCAAAAUGGAAAAACGCGACUUGCGCAUUACAAAAGUUAUGAAGAAGGGACAUUUGACGAAGAUCCAAACUGCUAAAAAGCGAACAUCUCACGGAAAGAAGAACCAGAAUGAAAUUACUGGAAAAUUGCACAAGUUCAAGUUCUCCACCAAAAAAGAAAGAACAACUGAGCAAAAUGAUCGUCGUGCCUUGAAGAAGUCAGCGAAGAAAGCCAUUGCAAAGAAGAAGGCUGCAAAGAAGGGACGUCUGAUGGCAUAGGUUUUUGAAUAUUUUGUUUUCAUCUAUAACUUUGUUGAUUUGUUUUGUUUUGUUAUUUUUAUCACUAUAAAAACAGUUUUUU